AUGGAAUCCAGUAAUAAUGCAGAAGCGGAACGUCUUACGAUGCACCGUUGUAUCGUCACAAGUAUUAUUGAAAGUGAAACCGUAUACGUCGAAUGCCUAUAUGUUAUGGAAAAGUACAUGAAUGCGAUAAAGGCAACUCUAUCUACAUCUCAACCUGUGAUAACUGAAGAAGAAUUUGGUACUAUAUUUUACAAGAUAUCCGAAUUGCACGAACUUCACAAGAGUUUUCUGGAAGGGCUCAAAUCGGCUGUUGCUAGCUGGGAGGAACCUUUGUGUGUUGGUGUUCAUUUUAAGAAAAUGGCUGAGAAUAUUAACGUAUACGGCGCCUUUCUUCAUAACUACGGGCGCGCUACGGAUGCGGUGCGUCGCCGUUGUGCGAGUUCGCAGCGUUUUGCGGACUUAACUAGACAGAUUGCGUGUAGAGGGCAGCCCAUGUCACUCGACGAUUUAUUGCACAAACCAGUCGCAAGGGUGCAGAAGAAUGCUCUUGUUUUGCAUGAUCUCAUAAAAUAUACCCCGGCUAGUCACCCUGACCACGCGAUGUUAACUGAAGCUUUAAAUAUGACGCAGCACUUUUUGGACGAAUUUAAUAUUAUACAAACUAAAUCUAUGUUCCCUAAUGCUGAUCGCGCACAAAGAAGACUUGUAAAGAAUUCCUUUAUUGUAGAAUUGUCAGAUGGACACAGGAAGUUACGUCAUCUAUUUUUAUUCAACGAUGUUAUAGCAUGUGCUAAAUAUAAGGCCUCCGGUCGAGAUAAAUUCACGUUCGAGUUGAAAUGGUUCAUACCGCUACCGGAUAUAGUGGUCGUGGAAGAAGAUGGCAGUUCCGCGGAGAGGGAGACAUCGCCAGCAAACAUAGUGGCGCUCAAGUCGCAGGCCUGCACUGUACGAGACCAGAUAUUAGCCGAGGAACGGGCAUUGCAGGAUGAUAAGAAAAUAAGGUUAGGCGGUCGUGGCGCAGCGGAGAAGCAGCGUAAAAAGCUAGCAGAGUUAGAAGGGCAGUUGGUUCUGGCUAGUCCCAAUCUUAUAUUCCGCAUCGCUGCGCGUGCGCCAGCAUCUACCGCACUACAGCGACAACAUGUCUUCUUCCUCAGUUCGGAGUAUGAAAGAACGCAGUGGAUUGACUCUAUACAUGCGCUACAGGCAUCAUCGGCGCCGCCCGCCGGAUCCAACACGGUCUCCAUGUUGGAACUACAAAGCUGGGUGACGGCGUGUCGCAGUUACUUACAAACUGACAUGGGCUCGUACUUGUUGCGCAGUGGACGGGAUGACUCCUUACUUCUGGGUGAUUUACAGCUACACAUUGGUGGAAUGACCGCUCCACUCGACACUGCCGCUGACUACUAUAUCAUCGUAGAGGUGGAUUCUUAUGGGCAUUAUUUCCGCAAGGCUAAGUCAAAGUUGGUGUGUAGAAGUGCUCAACCGCGUUGGAACGAGAGCUUUACUAUUGACUUGGAGGGCUCUCAGAAUUUGAGACUGCUUUUAUACGAAGAUGCCGCUAGGCCGGUUCUUAGAGGAAAAUGUACGGUGAAGUUAUCGCGCGAAUGGGUGGCAGAAAGCGCUGCGGGUGGGGUCUCCAGAACGGUGUGCGUGGGAGGUGGUUCGUUGCCUCUUCGUUUGAAAUUGUUGCCUCCGGAACGCUCUGCGCGGCAUGUGCCUAAUUCCAAGUCUGGCGCGCUUUUCGGUGCCAAAAUCACGCAUGUUGCCAAACGGGAAAAGCGCAACAUUCCUUUCAUAAUAAGUGCGUGCAUACGCGAAGUCGAGAGGCGUGGCAUCCAUGAAGUGGGCAUUUAUCGUGUUUCCGGUAGUGCUUCAGACCUAAACCGGCUUAAGAAGAGCUUCGAAACUAAUGCCUAUGAAGCAGAGCAGCUAUUGAAAGAAGUGGAUAUACACAGUGUGACCGGUGUACUUAAAUUAUACCUACGAGAACUGCCUGAAGCCUUAUUCACUGACGCACUCUAUCCGGAGCUAUUGAAAGCCUGGGGUUCCACUCAGGGCGUAGGCACGUCGGUUGACUCGGGCCCCGCACACACGCGACGACACGCUCUUCUCAAAUGUUACGCACAGCUUCCGGAUCUCAAUAAAAAUUGCAUUGAUUUUCUGCUCAACCAUUUUGUUAAAGUAAAUCAACACGAGACAGAGAACAAAAUGUCUUUACACAAUUUGGCAACGGUGUUUGGACCUACAUUACUUCGGCCAUCAACCAGUGCCCCUGGUGCUAAACAACGUACCGACCUCUUAGCCGCAGGAACCGUAGACGCUAUGGCCCAAGCUGGUAUACUCUAUUGUCUAUUACAGCAGAGACAAUUGGCCGCGCAAUUGUCCUCGCACCAUAGAGCUCCAACGCUUCUAGAUUAA